GAAAAAGGUUUCUAGCAAGUUGUUAAUGAAAUAGUUUAGUGUAAAGUUCUACUUAAACUAGUACCAAAUCAAAACAAAUAACAAACAUGGCGGGAAAGCUGAUAUCUGUAGCUUUCGAAGUGUUCGGCAGGGUUCAAGGUGUUUGGUUUCGUAAAUACACAAAGAAUGCUGCUCAAGCGUUAAAGCUUGUUGGAUGGGUAAUGAAUACAAAACAUAGUACAGUGGUAGGAUGCAUACAGGGAGAAAAGAAAAAUGUUACUAAAAUGAAAGAAUGGCUACAGCACCAAGGAAGUCCAAAAUCGAAAAUUGAGAAAUGUGAAUUCAGAGAUGAAAAAAAUAUCGAUUCUUUGCAAUUUACUAAUUUUGAAGUGAGGAGGUGAAAACAACCUAAGGGAUAACUUUCCUAUUACAAUGGUUGGUUGUUAUGGUUGUUGACAUUGUCAUUUUUCUUUGUAUACAUUUUAUAUUUAUUAUAUUUUAAAUGGA